AAUCACAGGAAUCGUACAUCAAUGAUAAUUCAGAAAGUCCGCAAGAUCUUGUAAAGAAAGUUUUAGUUAAUAAAAAUAUAUCAGAACAGGAUAAAAAUAAUUUAGAGAAAGUCAAGAGUGAUGAUGCUUACCUCAUGACAACAGUAUUGUCACAGGAAUUUCCUAUUCGAAACCAAAUAGAAGAUCAUGAUGAAAAACCGCCUAUAACUGAAAAUCAAAAAUUAGUUGUAGAAAUUGAUGAACCUAUAAAAGAAAAUAAGGACAUCAAAGCACAAUCAGAGAGAAUAGCCAAUGACUUGGAUCCUCAAGAAAGUUGUGGAUUAACAAUGAAUAAUUGCCAAAGUACAAGUUUCAAAGAAAAUUACAUUGAUAAAGACCCUGACUUACGUGCAAACAAGACUCUUGGUCCGUUUAGCGAAUUAAAGAUGGAUGAGUUUUUAAGAGUUAAGAAGGUUAACAACUCUUUCAGUGAAUUCCAGCCCCUUGACGAAAGCUAUGAUGAAACGUCAAGAUACAAAAGAGCCCAAACUAACCAUACCACAAGAAGUAAAGCAUUACAGGAUAACUUUAUACCGAAAAAGCCUCGAGUCGUAAAAAGCAGUCAAAAGAUAGAAAAUUUUAAUGUCUCAAGUGAAGAAUCGAAUAAUAAAUGCAUUAGCUCCGAAGAAAGUAAGAGUCUUGAGAUUAGUAAUGAUAAAACCAAAGGAUUUAACCUUAAUAAAUUAUAUAGUGAAGCAAGAAAAAUGUUAGAUCCAAGAAAACAGAGAAAACAAAAAGUGACAUUAGUUAAUGAAGUUUAUGAGAGAGAUACAUUUGCUGAGGAUACUGAUACUAGUG